UCGCCUUGUCACUUUGAUCGUUCGCACGGAGGGAACUUUUGGAACCCUGAAGUCAGGCAGUACCUAGGAACCAACAGAGGAAUUAAGCAGAGGCUGCGGGGUCCUUUGCUCGCGCCGAAAUUCAAAGUAAUAAAUAGUUCCGGUGCGGGCGCUGACUGUGGCCCGAGAGUUGUAGCGGCCUUGGCGGAGUUUGGCUCGUAGCGGUUGUGACAGGAGGGUUGGCCUUCGCUCCGCUUUUGUGACCGGAGGAGCUUUGGGGUGCUCCCGAUCCGGGCAGCUUGAGGCAGCGGUGAGGCGGAACUGGUUUGUGACCUGUUUGAUUUCUAGCAGAAGUUAAUGGGCCCACUACAGUAUCGAAAAUGCAUAUUAAGUCAAUUAUUCUUGAGGGAUUCAAGUCCUAUGCUCAGAGAACAGAAGUUAAUGGUUUUGACCCCCUUUUCAAUGCUAUCACUGGUUUAAAUGGUAGUGGAAAAUCCAACAUAUUGGACUCCAUCUGCUUUUUGCUGGGUAUCUCCAACCUGUCUCAGGUUCGGGCUUCUAAUUUACAAGAUUUAGUUUACAAAAAUGGGCAAGCUGGUAUUACCAAAGCCUCAGUGUCAAUCACUUUUGACAAUACUGAUAAAAAGCAAAGUCCUUUAGGAUUUGAGGUUCAUGAUGAAAUUACGGUAACAAGACAGGUGGUUAUUGGUGGCAGAAAUAAAUAUUUAAUCAAUGGAGUAAAUGCAAACAACACCAGAGUACAGGACCUCUUCUGUUCUGUUGGCCUUAAUGUUAAUAACCCUCACUUUCUCAUCAUGCAGGGCCGAAUUACAAAAGUAUUGAAUAUGAAACCUCCAGAGAUAUUAUCCAUGAUAGAAGAAGCAGCUGGAACCAGGAUGUAUGAAUACAAAAAAUCAGCUGCCCAGAAAACUAUAGAAAAAAAGGAGGCUAAGCUGAAAGAAAUUAAGACGAUACUUGAAGAAGAGAUUACUCCAACUAUUCAAAAAUUAAAAGAGGAAAGAUCUUCCUAUUUGGAGUACCAAAAAGUAAUGAGAGAAAUAGAACAUUUGACUCGAUUAUAUAUUGCUUAUCAAUUUUUGCUGGCCGAAGAUACCAAAGCACGCUCAGCUGAGGAGUUAAAAGAAAUGCAAGAUAAAGUUGUAAAGCUUCAAGAAGAAUUGUCUGAGAAUGAUAAAAAAAUAAAAGCACUUACUCAUGAAAUAGAAGAAUUAGAAAAAAGUAAAGAUAAGGAAAUUGGAGGUAUACUUCGAUCUUUAGAGGAUGCUCUCACAGAGGCUCAGCGAGUUAAUACUAAAUCUCAAAGUGCAUUUGAUCUCAAGAAGCAAAAUCUCACAAGUGAAGAGAAUAAGCGCAUGGAGCUGGAAAAAAAUAUGGCUGAGGACUCUAAAACUUUAGCAGUGAAAGAAAAAGAGGUGAAAAACAUAACAGAAGGACUGCACGCCCUUCAAGAAGCUGGUAGUAAAGAUGCCGAGGCUCUGGCUGCUGCCCAGCAGCACUUCAAUGCUGUGUCUGCUGGGCUGUCCAGCAAUGAAGAUGGAGCAGAAGCCACGCUAGCUGGUCAGAUGAUGGCCUGUAAAAAUGAUAUAAGCAAAGCUCAGACAGAAGCCAAACAGGCUCAGAUGAAGUUGAAACAUGCCCAGCAGGAAUUAAAGAAUAAGCAAGCUGAAGUUAAGAAGAUGGAUGGUGGCUACGAAAAGGAUCAAGAAGCUUUAGAAGCUGUGAAGAGACUUAAAGAAAAACUUGAAGCUGAAAUAAAAAAGCUAAAUUAUGAAGAAAAUAAAGAAGAGAGACUUUUGGAAGAGCGCAAGCAGCUGUCUCGUGGUAUCGGUAGAUUGAAAGAAACAUAUGAAGCUCUCCUGGCCAAAUUUCCCAAUCUUCAAUUUGCAUACAAAGAUCCAGAGAAGAACUGGAAUAGAAAUUCUGUGAAAGGACUAGUAGCUUCUCUGAUUAGCGUGAAGGAUACAUCUGCAACCACAGCUUUAGAAUUGGUAGCUGGGGAACGACUCUACAACGUUGUAGUAGACACAGAGGUUACUGGUAAAAAGCUACUGGAAAAGGGGGAAUUAAAACGUCGAUUCACUAUAAUUCCACUCAAUAAAAUUUCAGCCAGAUGUAUUGCUCCAGAAACGCUGAAGGUUGCCCAGAAUCUUGUUGGCCCUAACAAUGUUCAUGUGGCUCUUUCCCUGGUGGAAUAUAAACCAGAACUUCAGAAAGCAAUGGAAUUUGUCUUUGGAACAACAUUUGUCUGUGACAAUAUGGAUAAUGCCAAAAAAGUGGCCUUUGAUAAAAGGAUAAUGACUAGAACUGUAACUCUAGGAGGGGAUGUGUUUGAUCCUCAUGGGACAUUGAGUGGAGGUGCUCGAUCCCAGGCGGCUUCUAUUUUAACUAAAUUUCAAGAACUCAAAGCUGUUCAAGAUGAGCUAAGAAUCAAAGAGAAUGAUCUACAGGCUUUAGAGGAGGAAUUAGCAGGUCUUAAAAACACUGCCGAAAAGUAUCGCAAACUAAAACAACAGUGGGAGAUGAAAACUGAGGAGGCAGAUUUGUUACAAACCAAGCUCCAACAAAGCUCAUAUCAUAAGCAACAAGAAGAAUUAGAUGCCCUUAAAAAAACCAUUGAGGAAAGCGAGGAGACUUUAAAAAAUACUAAGGAAAUUCAAAAAAAAGCAGAAGAAAAAUAUGAAGUAUUGGAGAAUAAAAUGAAAAAUGCAGAAGCUGAAAGAGAGAGAGAGCUGAAAGAUGCUCAGAAAAAACUGGAUUGUGCCAAAACAAAGGCAGAUGCAUCUAGUAAGAAAAUGAAAGAAAAACAACAGGAAGUCGAAGCUAUCACACUGGAGCUUGAAGAGCUCAAGAGAGAGCAUGCAUCCAAUAAACAACAGCUUGAAGCUGUAAAUGAAGCUAUCAAAUCCUAUGAAGGUCAGAUUGAAGUGAUGGCAGCUGAAGUGGCUAAAAAUAAGGAGUUAGUAAGUAAAGCUCAAGAAGAGGUGACCAAGCAAAAAGAAGUGAUAACAGCCCAAGACAGUGUAAUUAAAGCUAAAUAUGCAGAAGUGGCAAAGCACAAGGAGCAGAACAAUGAAUCUCAGCUUAAAAUUAAGGAAUUAGACCACAACAUCAGCAAACACAGACGGGAAGCUGAAGAUGGCGCUGCAAAGGUGUCCAAAAUGUUGAAAGAUUAUGACUGGAUUAAUGCAGAGAGACACCUCUUUGGCCAACCCAAUACUGCCUAUGAUUUCAAAACUAACAACCCAAAAGAAGCUGGUCAGAGACUUCAGAAGUUGCAGGAAAUGAAGGAGAAGUUGGGAAGAAAUGUCAAUAUGAGAGCUAUGAAUGUACUGACAGAAGCUGAAGAGCGAUACAAUGACUUGAUGAAGAAAAAGAGAAUUGUUGAAAAUGACAAAGCUAAAAUUCUUACAACUAUAGAGGACCUUGACCAGAAGAAAAACCAAGCCCUAAAUAUUGCCUGGCAAAAGGUGAACAAGGACUUUGGGUCUAUUUUUUCUACUCUUUUACCUGGUGCUAAUGCCAUGCUUGCACCACCAGAAGGGCAAACUGUGUUGGAUGGUCUGGAGUUUAGGGUUGCCUUAGGAAAUACCUGGAAAGAAAACCUAACUGAACUUAGUGGUGGUCAGAGGUCUUUAGUGGCUUUGUCAUUAAUACUGUCCAUGCUCCUCUUCAAACCUGCUCCUAUUUAUAUCCUUGAUGAGGUAGAUGCAGCCUUGGAUCUUUCUCACACCCAGAAUAUUGGACAGAUGCUGCGUACUCAUUUUACACAUUCUCAGUUCAUUGUGGUGUCGCUAAAAGAAGGUAUGUUUAACAAUGCAAACGUUCUUUUCAAAACCAAGUUUGUGGAUGGUGUUUCUACAGUAGCCAGAUUUACACAAUGUCAAAAUGGAAAGAUUCCAAAGGAAACAAAAUCCAAGGCAAAAGGACCCCAAGGAGCAUAUUUGGAAGCUUAAACUGCAAGUUUUUCUCCUUCACCUUGGCCUGUUUUUUAAACAGAUACUUUGAAGAACUUAGAAUAUCUAAUGUGUUUAUGUAAAAAAAAAAAAUUAAUGUUAUUUUGUUACUUAACCCAUGUUUUCUCUUCCUUUAUGUAAUCACUUAUUAAUGGACAUCAGUUCCUCAUCUCUUAAUUAAUGUAACUAUGGUCCAGUUACUGUGGUUGUGAUUUUACGCAUGUGAUCAUUUCUCUUAUGCAUGUCUUUUAUAAAUUAGGGAUCCUGAGAUACCUGGUUGGUAAAUUCUGUAUGUAAAAGCAAAUAUACAAAGAAACAGAUGAAAUUAAAUUAUAGGAUAAGUAUAGCUGA